CAACCUUAGAAGGAUGUUUACCUCCGAGGAGUGGAUGACAAGCAAGUGGGUAAAAGAAGCAGGGGCUAAAAAGGUUGUAGAAGUGAUUUUGAUGCCUUCACUUUGGAACAAUGUUGUAUUUGCUUUAAAGGUGGCUGGUCCAUUGGUGCGUGUAUUGCGCUUAGUGGAUGGUGAGAAGAAGCCUGCUAUGGGAUACAUAUAUGAGGCCAUGGAUAGGGCCAAAGAAGCGAUUGCUAACUCUUUUAAUGGGGAUGAAAAGAAGUAUGCACCCAUUUUUCAGAUUAUUGAUAAUCGAUGGGAUGUUCAGCUUCAUCGCCCCUUGCACGCAGCUGGUUGGUACUUGAACCCAGAAUAUUUCUACAAGGCUGAACGUAUAGAUCCAGAGAUCAUGACUGGCUUAUAUGAAUGCAUUAGAAAGUUAAAUCCAGAUAUAAAGGUUCAAGACCAAAUUGAUGCUGAGCUUUCGAUGUAUAACAAUGCAGAUAGGUUCUUUGGAAACUAUAUGGCUAUUAGAAAGAGAGCUGAGAAAUCACCAGCUGAAUGGUGGGCUUCAUAUGGAAUGUCAACACCCACGUUGCAAAAAUUUGCAAUUAAAAUUCUUAGCUUGACUUGUAGUUCAUCUGGGUGUGAACGUAAUUGGAGUGUGUUUGAAAAUCUUCAUACUAAACGGAGAAACAGGCUUGAUCAACUUCGUUUAAACGACUUGGUGUUUGUGAAAUACAAUAGAGCAUUGAGGCGUCGAUAUCAAAUGCGUGAUACCAUUGACCCUAUCAUAUUGACCGACAUUGAUGAAAGCAAUGAAUGGUUGACUGGAAAACUUGAUGAGGAGAAUGAUAAAGAUGAUGAAACUGUUUUUCCAGAUGACAUUGGGGAUGGGUUGACAUGGAGUAAUGUUGCUGCGGCUGCAGGAGUUGGAGAGCCUAGUUAUCAAUUUAGAACUAAACAAACUCGAUCACAAUUGGGAUCAACUUCGGUUUCGACUUCAAAGCGGCGAGUAACUCAAGAGAUUGAAGAGGAGGAAAGUGAGGCAGGGACCGAAGAUGAUGAAGACUUGGAAGAGGGAGAAGAAUUGAGAGAUGAAGAAGAAGAUGAAGGGGUGAUUGAAGGGGAUGAUGAAGAUAUUGACCUUGAUGUUGAUGAUCUCCUUGAUGAUGAUUGAUUAAAAAACUUUUUUAUAUUGAUUGUGGACUUGUAGUGUUUAUGUGUUUGUUUAGAACUUUGCAUUAUAAUUGGUACUUGGUAAAGUUUAAGACUUUAAGUUUGAACUUUGAUGAUGUUUCUAGUUUAGAAUUUGCAUGAUGAAUGAAUUAACUUUGAUGUUGUUAGUUUAUAGAAUUUGAAGAUAAUGAAUCAUGAAUGAUAUGAAUGUGUUAUUAUUGAUAAUUUGAUAGUUGUUUAUGAUUUUACAAGAUUUUGAGUUUUUUUCCUAAAAGGUGCGCCUCGCUUCGCAAAGGCGCGCCUCGCCUCGUGCGCCUCGCGCCUCAGGCUCCAGGACCUUUUG